AUGCAGAAGACUGCGAAGCGCGCGUUUUUCAAGACCCAAACGGCGGAUUCUUUUGACUCGGAAGCUUCCGAGCGGAGGCGCGAGACGAAAGUGUCCAUAGCCGAUUCGCGGACAGUUUGGAAGUCGCGGACUCUGGCUGGCGCGAGCAUGUUGUGGACCAUGUUGCGGCGGAGGGAGCGCCAGACGGGGCCGUGGAGGGCCGCGUUCACGGUGAAUUUAUUGGAGCUGAAGAUUGUGCGGGUCGGGUUUUCGCUCGGGCGGGUCGCGAAGACCGGGCCCUUCUCGAUCAGGGCCUCGUGGGCCAGGCUGGCGCUGGCGACGACGAUGAUGGUGCGGGAGCCCAUGCGUAGGGUGAAGAUUGGGCCGUAG